AGAAAAAGGAGUGGAUAGAAUCUGUUAGGCGAUAAACGAAGUUGCCUUCUCUUCGAGUGAUCUAGAGAUCAUUCUUGAGAUCGUUCCGAACGUUCAGACAUGUUCCGCGUAAUCGAAUUCGCGAAUACGAAAACGCGAAACCGUUCGAAUGGGCCAAUCGCCAUCGUUUACCAACGUUCACUUACCUUCCAAACUUAUGUUUUAUCAACGAUGUCCACAUCCAGGUGUUGUCCAUGAACGCGGAAGCAAAUAUCUAUGUUUUUGAAGAAAGACCUGGUAACGACCUUACACUUAUCUCGGAUUCGUGUUCCCGCUGCGUCAUAGAAAAAACACACUUCAGAAGAACGUUCCGGUCCACACCGUGAAGAUUCAGCUCGAUCGACGCUCUCUCAUGGUGACUCGUCGAUGACGCGGAGGGCAAGGAGUGGAGAGAGAGUGAUCGCCGUCGGUGGUGUCGCUCCGGAAGGAUUCCCGGAGAUAAGCAUGGAGAUAUGAAAAAUACAAAUUGGAGGGAAUACAUUUCAACAAGGUGAAAAAUGAUCGGACGUAAACGAUAUUCAGAAAUUCAGAAAGGAUGAUGAAAAUCGGUUGGACUUUGGAAAUAUACCUCGUGGUUCGAAUUUAAGAAGAAACGGGAUAGUAAAACAAAAAAGGGGAAGAAAGAAGAAGAAGAAGAAGAAGAAGAAGAAAGAAAAGAAAAGAAAAGAAAAGGAAAAAAACAGUAAAAAUGAAAAGAAAAAGGUCUCUGGUUAUCGAAUCCUGUUAGCAAGAAAGAGCGUCUCUCUUUUCUUGAAUCCAUCGAGUGAGAUGCGGAUCGAGAGGAUCGGUAUUAGAGUCCAAGGAAACUAGAUCGAUUUACGAUUCCGCGGUGCAGAAAAAGAAUGAAAUAAGAAAAGAAAGAAAGAAAAUAGUAGGAGUUUGGAAUUCUUGGCACGUAGCCGCGUAGGACGCUUUUGAAAUUCAAGGAGAAGCUUCCCGCUAUCGUUUCAGCAGAGGAAACCGAAGAGGAGAGUCUCUAUCUUCGAAUUUGCUGGAUGGAAAGGAAGAAGAAGAAGGAAAGACGAAGGAGAAGAAAGAGAAAGAAAAUGAUGGAGAACUCGAAGACUUGGUUCAAUUAACGGUUCACCUGGAGAAAAAGUAAAGAAAGAAAAAGAAAAAGAAAAAGAAAAAGAAAAAAAAAAGAAAGAAAGGAAGAAAAAAAAGCGAAAAGGAAAUAAGAAAAGGAGAAAAAAUCGAAAGAAAAAACAACCAAAGGAAAGUCGUCGUAAUAAGGGUUGAUCAUGUUUAAAUUAGAUCUGAGCGAUUAGCUAUCAGGCAUAGUCACAAGUUUUUUUAUUUCUUUUUAUUUUGUUUUUCUUUUUUUUUUAUUUAUUUUUUUUUGUCAUUCAUUCAUUAUUCAUCUCGUUCGUUCAUCGUCUCGUGAAAUUUUGUAUGGUCAUUCGAAAUCACGUUAUUCAUGCCAUUGAUCGAAUUUUUCGUUUUCAUCCAAAAUGGCGGCGGACUUAUUUUCCGCGAUAGCAAAGUAUUAGAAGAAAGCGAAUGGGUAUACGAGCGCGUUCCAAUAAUCUCGUCGAGAAGGAACGAAAAGGUGAAAGGGACGUAAACGUGCUCGCAAAUCCUGCGAGAAUUACUAAUAUGUGCUUUGGAGGCUUGCCGCGAACCGGAAGUCGCGAUUGGCUCGCCAAUUUUGAACCUGGUAUGGGCAUGCUCUUACCAGAUGAAACCUACGAGGAACGUUCCUCGUUUAACUCGAUCAGCAAUAAUACUACUGAGGAUCUUUUUGACGAUAUCGAUGAAUUCGAAGCGGCCAAGGCAUUAGCCGUUUUGCAAAAGUGCGAUGACUUUUUGAAGAGGCACGGUAUCAGACCAGAAUUCUUCUGCAGACAUCGGGAGAGGUUGGCACUACAAAGUUGGCUACUUCAAAAGUCGAAGUUGUCUUCCGAUGCCUCGUCCUCGAACGAAGCUGUACACCUACAGCAACGUCUCAGGAGCCUGAGCACGGAACUGGUGACCCUGAGGAACCGGCUACACGUAAGCCAACCUCCAAACGGUGGUUCAGUGCCGUCACCAGGAACGCAAGGUGCCCUGUCGAAAAGUCCAGAGAAGGGUAAUUCUGUUGUUACUGGUGUUGCUGCUGGUGUUAGUACUAAUACCGGUAGCGGUGGUACUGGUAAUGGUAAUGGUACUGGUAAUGGUGCACCUUCCUCACCAGCACCAGCCGUACCACCAAGGACCAGCUUACCACCUGCAUCCACGGUAUCCCAUGGAAUCGGCCAUCCGACUGGUCACUCGUCCAACCAUUCCACCAGUCACACGCUCACGGCAUCCGCGAUCGUUCAUCCUCACGUCAAUCACGCCUCUGCGAACACGCUCGGCCACAACUCCACUGCCGCGAAUAAUUUCAUAUCUGAUUUAGAUCCAACGAAGCGGCACAACGGCGUGUCGGACGAUGGUAUAGUAUCUUGUGUGACAGCCCUCGGUUGCCUACGAUCACCUCCAAUCUCCAGUAUUAUCGCCGACGUGAAGAACGCUAAGAGUAAUCAAGGCCAGCAUCGAUGUCUCCCAAAAGCAACCACACCGGCCAGCACUGGUCCUGCGACCUCUACGGCCUUGGACGAUCUCAUUCAUUUACCCGGACCUCUCACGGAGGAUGCGGUACUCAAAUGCCUUCAGGCUCGUUUUUGUGCUAAACAGUAUCACACGAACGUGGGACCUAUCUUGGUCAGUAUCAAUCCCUACACGGAUGUUGGGAAUCCAUUGACCUUGACGAGUACCAGGGCCGUACCAUUGGCACCUCAAUUGAACAGGGUCGUCCAGGAAGCCGUAAGGCAACAAUCAGAGACUGGUUAUCCACAAGCAAUCAUACUUUCCGGAACAAGCGGAUCAGGGAAAACGUAUGCCUCGAUGUUAUUACUUCGGCAACUUUUCGACGUAGCUGGCGGUGGGCCGGAAACAGACGCUUUUAAACAUCUGGCAGCUGCAUUCACGGUUCUUAGAUCUUUGGGAUCUGCUAAAACUGCCACGAACUCGGAAAGUUCAAGAAUAGGUCACUUCAUCGAGGUACAAGUUACCGACGGAGCUUUGUACAGAACAAAAAUUCAUUGUUAUUUCUUGGAUCAGACGAGAGUGAUUCGGCCAUUACCAGAUGAGAAAAAUUACCAUAUAUUUUAUCAAAUGUUGGCCGGUCUAUCUCACGAGGAAAGAGUGAAACUCAAUUUGGAAGGAUAUAAUCUGAAAAAUUUGAGGUACUUACAAAAUGGCGAUACUAGACAGGAUGAGGCAGAAGAUGCGAUAAGAUUUCAAGCUUGGAAAGCAUGUUUGGGUGUUCUUGGUAUACCUUUCCUCGAUGUUGUAAGAGUAUUAGCUGCUGUUUUGAUUCUUGGAAACGUAGGCUUUACGGAUGGGCCUGGUGUUGAGGUUGGUGUAAUUGGAGAAAAUGAACUUGCUUCAGUGGCCGCACUUUUAGGGGUUCCACCACCUGCACUUCUCAGAGGUCUCACAUCGAGAACCCACAAUGCCCGAGGACAAUUGGUUAAAUCUGUCUGCGAUGCAAACAUGUCUAAUAUGACGAGAGACUCCCUGGCCAAAGCCCUUUAUUGUCGUACCGUUGCAACUAUAGUUAGAAGAGCUAAUAGUUUAAAAAGAUUAGGAUCGACCCUUGGAACUCUUUCGUCUGAUUCCAACGAGUCUGUUCAUAAUCAGGCUGAGGUCACCAGUCAACAUGCUUCUACUAUUGGCAGUUCUGCAGGCGGUACUGGUUCAAGAAGCAUGACAGCUUUGAACAAUGCCGUGAGACAUGCAACAGACGGUUUUAUAGGAAUCUUAGAUAUGUUUGGAUUCGAAGAUCCGAAACCAAGUCAAUUGGAACAUCUCUGUAUAAAUUUGUGCGCAGAGACUAUGCAACAUUUUUAUAACACACACAUUUUUAAGAGUUCCAUCGAAAGUUGCCGUGACGAAGGUAUAAGGUGUGACGUUGAGGUGGAUUAUGUUGACAAUGUACCUUGUAUCGAUCUCAUUUCUUCUUUGCGUACCGGUUUACUCAGCAUGUUGGACGUCGAAUGUUCGAUACGUGGUACUGCGGAGAGUUACGUAGCUAAGGUGAAAGUUCAGCAUAAACAAAAUCUUCGACUAUUUGAACCUAGACCAGUAGAUUGUAGAUCUUUCGGUAUUCAACACUUUGCUGGAAGAGUUACGUACGAUGCAUCAGAUUUUUUGGACACGAACAAGGAUGUCGUGCCAGAUGAUUUGGUAGCGGUCUUUUAUAAACACACUUGUAGCUUUGGUUUUGCCACUCAUUUAUUUGGCAGUGAAUUGAAAGCUUUAUACGCAAACGACACAGUCCCAAGAGGUGUUAGCUUUAGGAUAUCACCGACUUCUCAUACGGAUCUUUUAAAUGGCGAUGAACCGAUCUCAACGUUGACGCAAGACUUUCACACGAGGUUAGACAAUCUGUUAAGAACUUUGGUUCAUGCCAGGCCACAUUUUGUUAGAUGCAUCAGAAGCAAUGGGACUGAAACUCCUAUGCAUUUGGACCGAGGUGUUGCGAUGAGGCAAAUACGUUCCCUGCAGGUUCUAGAGACUGUUAAUUUAAUGGCUGGUGGUUACCCGCAUAGGAUGCGGUUCAAGGCGUUUAAUGCUAGGUAUAGAUUGAUCGCACCUUUUAAACAAUUACGUCGAGCUGAGGAACAAGCUGUCGAGGAUACAAAACUAAUAUUACAAAAUGCCCAACAAUUGAAAAAUAAAUUUGGGGCCAGUACGAGUUGGGCACUUGGAAAGAGACACAUUUUCCUUAGCGAGGGAAUUCGUCAACAGCUUGAAUGUUUGCGUUCGGAGACAAGAAGGAAAGCUGCCACUGUGAUACAGGCUACGUGGAGGGGAUGGAGAGUUCGAAGGAGAUGGCCAUUAAGAAGAACGACGAUAUGUGUAUCAACGGUUAUUGGACAAAAGAAAUUACAACAAGCAACAACUGGUAAUACGGGAACUGUUCAAAGAAAUGUUACAACAGGAACAGGAACCGGAACUGGUACUCGUCCUAGACCACAACCAAUCGCUGGAACACCACCACCAGAUCCUUCGGAAAAAUGUGCCGAUCAAAAAAUGAUACAACAAACAUGUACACUAUUUGGCCUUGAUCUGGAACGUCCACCACCGGUACCACCGAGUAGAUCAUACACCGUAACAGGUAAUACGAAAUUAGGAUAUCCACAAACAAGGAUCAUGAAGAUGCCUUUCCCAGAAGAAGGGGAAGGAGAGGUAGUGUUAUUGAAAGGUGAAACCGUUUUAGUCGUUGGAGCAUCUCCGAGGCGAGGACAUCUCUUAGUAGAACACAACAAUACUACGUUACACGUGCCUUAUCAAUUCAUGGAGCUUAAACCUUGCAAUAUUAACGUAUAAUAAUUUAUUGCGUUUACAAUUUUCAACACCAAUUAUAUAUAUAUUUAAAAUAAUAUUUGGACAAUUCGUAUGGAGAUAAAACCUUGCUACAGUAAGUGUUCAGUAAUUUAUUACAUUUAUGAUUUUCAACCCCGAACUGUACAAGUACACAUAUAUACAUAUAUAUGUAAAUCUAAUAUUUGAACAACUCAUUUCUUAAAUGAGAAAAUAAAUUAAGAUUUCUUAUCAGGUUUUAUCAGUUAUGUCCAAUUCGACGAAAAUUUAUAAUUUUAUUAGUUUAUCUUAUUCAUUUAUUAUCCAAAAUUAUUAAUAACAUUAUUCGGAUAUUUAGUACGAAUAAGUGAUUGAAAAGAAAAGAAAAGAAAAAAAAAGAAAAAAAAAAGAAAGGAAAGAAAAAAUAAGUAGCAUCGUAUUGAAAUGCUCACUAAUUGUGAAAACGGGUGGGUUGGUGGGGGGGAAUACGGAAAGAGGGACAAUGAACGUUUAACUAAUUUCACUGAGCAAGUUUAAAGAACUUGAAAUAGUGCUUAUCGCUUGUUUAAGACAGAAGUAACUGAUUAGACUGUAACAUAAAUAUACUUUCAUAUUGCCUCGAAACCAUGUUUGUCUUCCAUGUAGAUAAGUGCAUGUCGCAGUAUAAUGCACAGAAAUGCAUAUACGUAUGUACGUAUGUUUGUUUGUGUGCACAAAACACACGCCUGUGUUUGUUAAUACGUGUGCUUUCUAAUAGCACAUUUCUUAAUUGCGUUAAGUAAUUUAAUUACUAAU